CGUCGCGGAGCGUGCGCCCGAGCGACAUCGAGAUAGCAAACAUUCCGCAUGGAUUUAACACUCUUCAGCGUGACUUCUGUAAGCACACACUCUCCUGCUGUCUCCACACACCACACAAGGCUGGGUUUUGUCCGAUGGGGGCAGCUUACCCCAUAGGUUUUAAGGAAGCGAGGACUUACUGGCUGCUGGAGACUAACAAAGUGUAUGUUAGCCAGCUAAGUGAACUGCUGUCACCGUAAAAGUGACAGUAAAACUUACCUAACUGGUGACAACAGCGUCCUAUGAGGAUUAAACUUGUUGGUCCUGUGACUCAGCAUCAGCACUUCGCACGAAAGACGAAGAAUGGCGUUGAGCACUAACCUGUGUCGUCUGACACUAGGGGUUGAGGGCAUGACCUGUGGCUCCUGUGUACAGUCCAUUGAAGGCAGGAUUGGAGGUCUGCCAGGAGUCUUUCAUAUACAGGUGUCUCUGGAGCGGAACAAUGCGACAGUGACAUAUGACCACACUCAACACACUCCAAAAUCCAUAGCAGAUGCCAUUGAGGAUAUGGGCUUUGAGUGUAGCCUGACAAACACUACAUCAACACCAGUUCAAACAGAAACCAAAGUCUUCAGCAAAGCAGGCUGUAGCGCAGACUCUGUCCAACAAGCUCUGAGCACACUGACACAGAUGAAAGGGGUGAUUGAGACUCAGGAGAGUGCUGAUAACCAAGACCUUGCUGUUACGUUUGUCCCAUCUCUGGUCAGUGAGGACCAGCUUGGGGAAGUGAUGAAGUGCCUGGCUCCCGACGCAGCCUGUGGGCUACCGCUCAGCCCAAUAGAAGGGUCGACUUCUCGCAGCUCCAGUGGAGUUGAGGCAGUGAAAAUGCGGAUUGAAGGAAUGGUGUGUCUGUCCUGCACUACAACCAUCGAGGGAAAGAUUGGGAAGCUAAAAGGGGUUGAGAAGAUUAAAGUUUCUCUAGAAUCUCAAGAGGCUGCCGUAGUUUACCUGCCUUAUAUCAUCACAGCGGAUGAGAUUGUGAAGCAGAUUGAGGUGGCUGGUUUCAAGGCCACUGUCAAGUCUAAACCUCGUCAGUUAAAGCUGUCAGCUAGUGAAGUAGAGCGAUUACUCAGUGCUCCAAAACAGACUGAGGAGAAGCUUUCUGAGCCGCCUGCAGAUUCCACAGUCACGACACUAUUUCAGGUUACAGGAAUGCACUGCAACUCGUGUGUGGUAAACAUUCAGGACAAUAUAUCCAAGCUGCCUGCGGUGACUUCAGUAGUUGUGUCCUUGGAGAACAGACAGGCUUCCAUUCAGCACAACCCAAAACAAGUCUCAGCGGCGGAGCUGCAGAAAGCCAUCGAGGCUCUUCCUCCAGGGAAUUUUAAAGCCAUCAUACCAACUUCCCCAGAGCCAGGCUUUCUCCAGCCAUUGGUAUCAGUAGCUGAGAUCCACAUUGAGGGCAUGACCUGCGGCUCCUGUGUUCAGUCCAUUGAGGGCACACUUUCCCAGAAGAAAGGAGUGAGAUCAGCCCAAGUGUCAUUGGCCAAUCAUCAGGGAACCUUUGAAUAUGACCCUUUAUUGACUUCCCCUGAGGAGCUGAGGACUGCUGUAGAGGACAUGGGCUUUGAUGCUUUUCUGCCUGAGACAAAUUCAUUGGUGCCUUCAGUGGUCAAAAGCCCAUCUCCGUCUGUCCGGAGCUCAUCAUUAUCUCCUGUUCGGUCAGCUGUGAAGGAGAAUGAAGCAGAGAGUGACGCUGAGCCUUCAACAAACACUAUUUCCAAAUGUUUUAUCCAGAUUGGAGGAAUGACAUGUGCCUCCUGCGUGGCCAACAUUGAGAGGAACCUCAAGAACGAAUAUGGUAUACACUCCGUUUUGGUGGCUCUGAUGGCCAGUAAAGCUGAGGUUCGAUACAGCCCAUCAGUCAUUGAUCCUCUGAGAAUAGCAGAGCUGAUCCGAGAGCUUGGCUUUACUGCCACAGUCAUGGAUAAUUAUGAUGGCUCAGAUGGAUCCCUGGAGCUUGUGGUCAGAGGGAUGACAUGUGCCUCUUGUGUUCAUAAAAUUGAGUCUAACUUGAUGAAACAGAAGGGCAUCCUCUACGCUUCAGUUGCCCUGUCAACUAAUAAAGCCCACAUCAAAUAUGACCCAGAAGUGACUGGCCCCAGAGAUAUAAUCAGAUUGAUUGAGAACAUGGGAUUUACUGCCUCUCUAGUGAAGAAAGAUCGUCCAGGAAGUCAUUUGGAUCACAGUGGUGAGAUCCGACAGUGGAAAAGAUCAUUCCUGAUCAGUUUGUUUUUCUGCGUGCCGGUUAUGGGCAUGAUGAUCUACAUGAUAGCCGUGGAUCACAUGAUCGACAAGUGCCACCAACAUAACGCCACCGCCGAGGACAGAGCGAAAUAUCACUCCACAAUGUUCCUGGAGAAACAGCUUCUGCCAGGCCUUUCCAUCAUGAACCUCAUCUCGUUUCUCUUCUGUGUCCCUGUGCAGUUUAUCGGUGGGAGGUAUUUUUACUGUCAAGCCUACAAAGCUGUCAAGCACCGGACGGCCAAUAUGGAUGUGCUGAUUGUUCUCGCUACAACAAUCGCCUUCACGUAUUCAGUGGUGGUUCUUCUGGUUGCCAUGGUCGAGAAGGCAAAGGUCAACCCCAUCACCUUCUUUGAUACUCCGCCGAUGCUGUUUGUGUUCAUCUCGCUGGGCCGCUGGCUGGAGCAAAUAGCAAAGAGUAAGACCUCCGAGGCUCUGUCCAAGCUGAUGUCUUUACAGGCCACAGAGGCCACUGUAGUUACGCUCAAUGAGGACAUGUCAGUGUUAAGUGAAGAGCAGGUGGACGUGGAGCUGGUGCAGAGGGGAGAUGUAGUGAAAGUUGUGCCUGGAGGGAAGUUUCCAGUGGACGGCCGGGUGAUUGAAGGACACUCCAUGGCAGACGAGUCUCUCAUUACGGGUGAAGCCAUGCCCGUCACCAAGAAGCCGGGAAGCACUGUUAUUGCGGGCUCGAUCAAUCAGAACGGCUCUCUGCUGAUCAAAGCCACUCAUGUGGGCACAGACACCACCCUCUCUCAGAUCGUCAAACUGGUGGAGGAGGCACAGACUUCAAAGGCUCCAAUCCAGCAGUUUGCAGAUAAAAUCAGUAGCUACUUUGUCCCGUUCAUCGUUGUGAUCUCCGUCCUGACUCUCUUGGCCUGGAUUAUCAUUGGCUUUGUGAACUUUUCACUUGUGCAGAAGUAUUUCCCAGGUUAUGAUAAGAGUAUCUCUGAGGCGGAGGCUGUCAUCCGCUUCGCCUUCCAGGCCUCCAUCACUGUCCUCUGCAUCGCCUGCCCCUGCUCACUGGGUCUCGCCACCCCCACAGCGGUAAUGGUGGGCACAGGGGUCGGAGCCCAGAAUGGGAUCCUCAUCAAGGGAGGAGAGCCAUUAGAGAUGGCACACAAGAUUCAGUCUGUGGUAUUUGACAAAACAGGCACCAUCACAUAUGGAGCUCCCAAAGUAGUCCAGUUGAAGAUGCUGGCAGAAGGGAAUCGGUUGCCACGCUCUAAACUGCUGGCGAUUGUCGGCACUGCUGAGAAUAGCAGUGAACAUCCUCUGGGUGCUGCUAUCACCAAAUAUUGCAAACAGGAGUUGGGGUCGGAGUCUCUUGGCACUUGCACAGAUUUUCAAGCUGUGCCAGGUUGUGGGAUCAGGUGUCUGGUCAGUAACACAGAAAACCUGCUGAAGAGGGAGGACAGCGACUGUGAGGAGAACCAGCACAAUGCUGUGUUGAUCCAGAUCAGUGAUGCCAGAGCACACAGCACUGAACACCCGCUCAUCAUGGACCCACAGCCACUCACUGUAGUUCAGACGGCCUCAUACACAGUGCUGAUAGGGAACAGAGAGUGGAUGAGGAGGAAUGCGCUGCAGGUGCGAGCAGAUGUAGAUGAAGCCAUGACGGAGCAUGAGAGGAGAGGAUGCACUGCUGUGCUGGUGGCUGUGGACAAUGAGCUUUCUGCAAUGGUGGCGAUAGCAGACACAGUGAAGCCUGAGGCAGAGCUGGCGGUUCACGUUCUGUCUGCGAUGGGGCUGGAGGUCGUGCUGAUGACUGGAGACAACAGCAAAACAGCUCGAGCCAUCGCUGCCCAAGUGGGCAUCAGGAAGGUGUUUGCUGAAGUCUUGCCGUCUCAUAAAGUGGCGAAGGUGGAGCAACUCCAGCAGGCAGGAAAGCGUGUGGCGAUGGUGGGUGAUGGAGUGAAUGACUCUCCUGCUCUCGCCAUGGCUGAUGUGGGCAUUGCAAUUGGCACAGGCACAGAUGUAGCUAUCGAGGCUGCUGAUGUGGUGCUUAUCAGGAAUGAUCUUCUUGAUGUUGUUGGGAGCAUUGACCUUUCAAAGAAGACCGUCAAAAGAAUCAGAAUCAACUUUGUAUUUGCACUAAUGUACAAUCUUGUAGGCAUUCCCAUUGCUGCAGGUGUGUUUAUGCCUGUGGGCUUGGUUCUGCAGCCCUGGAUGGGCUCUGCUGCUAUGGCUCUAUCUUCAGUGUCUGUAGUGCUGUCCUCCCUCCUGCUAAAAUGUUACACUAAACCCACUGUUGAGAAGCUAAAAAGACGACUGGGAGAUGUGAGAACCCAUGGCAGCCUGUCCGAUGUCAGUGUUCACAUCGGCAUGGGAGAACUGCGUCGCCCCUCACCCAAACUCAGCCUGCUGGACCGCUUUGUCAACUACAGCCGAGCCUCCAUCAACUCGCUGCGAUCCGACAAACACUCGAUGAACAGCAUGGCCCUCAGCGAACCCGACAAACACUCUCUACUGGUGGGAGACGAUCACUGCGACAACGAGAUAGUCUGAGGGUCUCUGGAGCCUCGCUUUACCGCAGUGCCUGCAGACCAGGAGGAUCUAUUGAGGGUCUUCCUGCUUCAGUGGCCCUUUGAUUGUCCAGCCAUUUACUUACUUUCAGAUGGCCUCCGUUUACAUGGAAAUGGGUUGCAUUUUACAGUAAGGUCUCAUUUGUUGGCGUUAGUUAUCGUUUACUCUUCCACAUGUCCUUCCAAAGGACUUUUAUUUAUCUUUGGAAUAUAAAUGAAGAGAUUUUUAAUCAAAUUGGAGAGAUUUUUUUUUAUUCCUCUGUUGCAAAUCAUAAAUCAGAUGCUUCAAAACAUAAAUUAAGAUGUUUAUUUAAGUGUUCUGAAGAGAUAUGAUUGCUUUAUUAAUUGAACAAGUUUAAUAUCGGGAACAUUGAUCGGUGAUCAAAAACCUGCUUGGUGUGAAAGAACCAACCUCAUUGGUUUAUUGUGGAAGCUUAUAUAAGCCUUAUUGGCUCUCAUGCAUCAAGCAAGCAUCCUUAAACCUCUGUGACCAAAGUGCUGUUAUUAAAGUUUAUAUUUGAAUAUUGUAUCUGAUCAUGAUAUAAAGUGAUCACAUCUCUUCAGAAGACUUUAUUGAUCGAUACAGAUUUAUUUUUUGGUUACUUUAGGAAUGUUUUGAAGCAUCAGAGUUUUGUGUGAACAGAUGUUAAAUGGAAGGACAGAACUCUUUUAGAUUUGAUUAAAAACAUCUUCAUUUAUGUUCUGGAGAUGAACAUUUUAUUUCUGUUUUAGAAUCAGACAAGUUUCAAAUGAUUGGGGGACAAUUUACAUUGUGGGGUGAACUAUCCCUCUAAUGGGAUAGUUCACCCAAACAUUUAAAUUCUGCUGUCAUUUACUCACCUCCACUUGUUUGGAACAACAAUCUUCUUUCUACCUAUAUUCUAUAGAAUAUUCAACCUAUGUUCUUUCUUCUUUUGAACACAAAAGAAGAUAUUUUGACCAGUUGACUUCCAUGGUAGAGGAAAAAAUUGCUAUUGAAGUUGAUGGGUGCCAGCGACCAGCAUUCUUCAAAAUAUCUUAAACUCAAAGAUUUAAAACCCUUUUUUAAACCAGGGUGAACUGUCCCUUUAAGGUUUUAGUUGACAUUUUACAGCAUUUAUUAAUUUAUUUCUUAUUUUUAAAAUAAAAAUAUUAGGGAACACUUUAGUUUAGGUCACAACUCAUGCUAUUUACUACUGGCUUAUUACCUGCCUAUUAUUAAGAUAUUAAUUGUUCAUUAGUAGUUAUAAAGUAUGAGCUUAUUCAGCAUCCAUAAUCCUACUCAAAACCUAGACCCAACUUCUACCUUGCUAACUAUUAAUAACCAGCUAAUCAGUAGUUUAUUAAGGUAUCAGUGUUAGUUAAUGUUGUUAAUACCGUGAAUUGUGACCAGUGGCGGAUUUAGUGAUUUGGGGGCCCUAAGCAAUUCCAGCCAUGGUGCCCAAAACUUCUAAAAGGCACCUAUUGUACUUUCAUUUAUUUUUAGUUAAUUUACAUGGCUGUUAUUUUUUUCUUAAAUCACUCAAUCUCCUUUUCUACAUUUCUUCUUAAUGCAAAAUAAUAACAACAUGUUAAGCAUCUUGUAAAACUUUUUAAAAGAUUUGCUUUCUUAAAAGGAAUUCACAACUAAACAUGAUUUAUAAACUAUUUUGUUUUUAAAAACAAAUCUUUACCUAAUUUGACUACUGGACUUCUCCAUGAUUGAGGGUGGGGGAUACGUUUGCGCAGAUGUAAUAAACAAUUUUUUUAGACCCUCAUCAUACAGAAUAUGAUAGAAAAUUAUGUUAUACAUCAUUUAUAUGUAUAAUUUAUACUUCUAGGUAUUUAUUUGUAGGGCCCUUAGAUUUCCUGGGCCCCUAAGUGGCCGCUUAUCUUGCUUAUUGGUUAAAUCUGCCCCUGAUUGUGACCUUAACUAAAGUGUUACCAAAUAUUGUUUCAUUGUGAGUUACAGUGCAUUAUGGAACAUAUAACGUUUGAAUUUAACGUUUGAUGGAACGUUUGAUUUUAAAAUAAAUUGUAAUUAAGUAUUAAGUAUUACUCAUUUUUAGCACAAAGGGAUGGUUUACUCAAACUUUUAAUAACCUCACCAUUUACUCAACCUUGUGUGGUUCCAAAUCUUUCAGUUGUUGUUGUUUUUAUUCUGUUGAACACAAUAGAAAAUAUUUAGAAGAAUGCUGGAAAUGGGUAGCUGUAGACUUCCAUUGUAGAAAAAGAACAUCAUUAUUAUAUAAUAUUAUCCAGAAUAUCAAGAGAAGAAAGAAACAAAUGUUUUUUAGGCGAACUGUACCUUUAAGAUAGCCAAGUUAACAAAUGUAGUCAGUCAAUGAAAACAAAUGAAACCUAAUGAUAAAGUUCUCCCAAUAUUCUUGGUGGCUAAUUUAAGAUGACAAUCCGCUUCAAGGAAAAUCAACUACACCACAGAUUGUCUUCAGAAAGUGUCAAAUCUAUUUUAUUUUUGUGAAAACAACCAUUUAAGAGUGAUUUAUUGUGUUUUAUGCUAAUGAUCAAUAUUUAUUAUAUCAUUUAUUUAUAGUAUAUUAUGUACUUUUUGUGGGACAUGAAGGAAUGUGAAGAUUUAUUUUUAAAAAAAUGAACAAAUGAACUCUUUUUCUAAGCUCGUUUUCUGAGAUGUCGACCAUUCCAAAGAAAGCAGCGUUUCUGUUGUCUGAGAGGGAUCAGUGAGCCGCCGUUCCACUUCAGGAGGAAUGGUGAGGACACAGGUUAGCAAACAAAGAAACGCUAAACCAUUAUAUGUCCAUUUUGUCUUCAUUUGUUUAUUGUUCAGCACACUAUUAGCAACACUUGAGCUGCCUUUGCGAUAUUUAAAUGUGCACUAGUGCUUGUCAACUUGGCUUUUAAAUGUAUUGUUUUUUUACAGAUUAACUUUAUUUUAAAACCCAGUGCUUUAUGUGAACUGAGAGUUUGACUGACAUUUUAUCAGCAGCCGUUAGUGCAUUAAUGCCUUUAAUACCUACAUACAGUCAACACAACCUGAAUCAGGUUACUGACGUACAUUACUGAAUAUCGUUUUGAAGAUGAAUAUCCAAAUUGUAGAAUAGAAUUAUGCGGAGGAUGUUUUGUUACUGUGUUAUUCAAGGUCAAUUAAGCAAUGCAGUCUUCAUAUAAAACAAGUGCUUUGAUGAUUAGCUGUUGCUUGUUUUGCCAAACGUGUUCAAUGUUUGUAUGUGAACAUCCUGAAAUUGUGAUUUAUGCACUUCGUCGUUUCACUAAUGUGGUUGGAGAUCAUUUUUGUGUAGUUUUGCAUCAUAUUCAUUAAAUAAACCACCAGUUUUCAAUAAGCCGACA